UUGGUUCUGAGAAAAGGGUGCCAGCAAUGCCUGGAUCGCCUGUGGAAGUGAAGGUUCAGUCAAGAUCUUCACCUCCCACCAUGCCACCCCUUCCACCAGUAAAUCCUGGAGGACCGAGGCCAGUGUCAUUCACGCCAACAGCAUUGAGCAAUGGUAUCAACCAUUCUCCUCCGACCCUGAAUGGUGCCCCAUCACCACCCCAAAGAUUCAGCAAUGGCCCUGCCUCUUCCACGUCCUCGGCACUAACAAAUCAGCAGUUGCCAGCCACUUGUGGCGCUCGGCAGCUGAGCAAGUUGAAGCGCUUUCUCACCACUCUGCAGCAGUUUGGCAAUGACAUCUCGCCCGAGAUUGGGGAGAAGGUGCGGACCCUUGUUCUAGCAUUGGUGAACUCCACCGUGACAAUUGAAGAAUUCCAUUGUAAGCUCCAAGAAGCUACCAACUUUCCUCUUCGUCCUUUUGUGAUUCCGUUCCUCAAGGCCAACCUGCCCCUGCUGCAACGAGAGCUGCUACACUGCUCACGCGCUGCCAAGCAAACGCCAUCUCAAUACCUGGCUCAGCACGAACACCUGCUGCUCAACACAAGUAUCGCGUCACCUGCUGACUCCUCCGAGCUGCUCAUGGAGGUGCAUGGGAACGGCAAGAGGCCCAGUCCUGAGAGGAGAGAAGAGAAUAGUUUUGAAAGAGAUUCAAUUCCUCCUGAGCCUCCUGCCAAGCGAGUGUGCACCAUCAGCCCCGCUCCCCGACAUAGUCCAGCUCUCACUGUGCCCCUCAUGAAUGCUGGGGGCCAGUUCCACCCCACUCCUCCGCCUCUACAGCACUACACCCUGGAAGAUAUCGCAACGUCCCACCACUAUCGGGAACCCACCAAGAUGCUAGAGCACCGGGAAGUGCGUGACAGACACCACAGUCUUGGGCUCAAUGGAGGUUAUCAGGAUGAGCUGGUAGACCACCGUCUGACAGAAAGAGAGUGGGCUGAAGAAUGGAAACACCUCGAUCAUGCCCUGAACUGCAUUAUGGAGAUGGUAGAGAAGACCCGGCGAUCGAUGGCAGUUCUGCGGCGCUGUCAGGAAUCUGAUCGCGAAGAACUCAACUACUGGAAACGGAGAUGCAGUGAGAACACAGAGCUGAGGAAAACAGGGAGCGAACUGGUCUCCAGGCAGCACAGCCCCGGGAAUGCGGAUUCUCUUGGUGGCAAUGAUUCCCAGCGGGAAUUCAGCAGCAGGCCAGGAACAGGAUAUGUACCUGUGGAGUUUUGGAAGAAAACUGAAGAAGCUGUGAACAAGGUGAAAAUCCAGGCCAUGUCGGAAGUGCAGAAGGCUGUUGCCGAGGCAGAGCAGAAAGCCUUCGAAGUGAUCGCCACGGAGCGGGCGCGGAUGGAGCAGACCAUCGCAGACGUCAAGCGGCAAGCUGCAGAGGAUGCCUUCCUCGUCAUCAACGAGCAGGAGGAGUCCACCGAGAACUGCUGGAACUGUGGCCGCAAAGCCAGCGAGACGUGCAGCGGCUGCAACAUCGCGCGGUACUGUGGCUCCUUCUGUCAGCACAAGGACUGGGAGCGCCACCACCGCCUCUGCGGCCAGAGCCCCCACCAGAGCCGGCCCCUGCUCCCUGGGGGCCGGGGCUCCGCCGCCCGCUCAGCCGACUGCAGCGUGCCCAGCCCGGCCCUGGACAAGACCUCAGCCACCACCUCGCGCUCCUCCACGCCUGCCUCCGUGACAGCCAUCGACACCAGCGGGCUCUGAGCCCUGCACACCACUUACCCCGACGACCACUCAGCUUGACAAACACUGCCACUCCGGGGGCCGGGCAGCCCUGGGCCUCAGUGCAAGAAGUGCCCUGGGGGCAGGAACUGUGGGGGCCUCCCCAGGCCCUUGCCCUUGGAGGAAGGAACUGUCAGUGCAGCCUCUGCACAAGGAAUGGCUGGAGCUCCUGUUCCCGGGACACCCUGGAGACCCCUCG